AUGCUCGCUCCUAUCUCUACGUCGAGUAACGUUCUCCAACAAUACAUGAAGCAUCCAUCUUCAGGUCCAAGGGAGCUUACCCUAGCCAUGGUUCGCUGUAUUGACGAGACUGAAAAACCUGCUAAAAGGGGCAACAAACCUAAAACCCACAAAGAGGCACAAGUUUCCAAACCCACCAAAUGGAAAACCCCUAAGAAGAAAAAGUCUGAUAAGGCUGUUACCUCACCUCCCCAACCGAAGAAGCUGAAGAAGCCUGCUAGGAGGCUAAUACUACAAUCAUCGAGUGACUCAGAUUCAGAGUAUGUUCCUCCCCAACAUAAGAUUGCUUCUCUUUCAGAAUUUGAGAAUGAAUGCUCUGAUGAUUAG